AUGAAAGACUUAAUGACAAAUCAGUCAAUUCCCGGAACUGUUAUAGCGUUUAGUAUUAACGGCACAAAUGUGUGGACCGAAGGGUUUGGUUAUACGGAUGUCGAGAACGAUGUCAUCACUCAUAAGGACUCGAUCUGGCGUUUGGCCAGUAUUUCAAAGCCAUUGACUUCAGCACUGAUUGGACGGCUUAUGGACAAGAAGUUGAUUGAUCUCAACCACGAUAUCCACAGAUAUCUGUCACCAGAUUUCUAUCCCUAUAAGACAUUCAACGGAUCGGCAGUUAAUAUAACGUUGUUCUCAUACGAGUCCUGGUGGCCGUCGGCGGGUAUAAUAUCAACGGCUAGUGAUUUAAUAAGAUUUGGAAACUCUAUGCUAUCGGCAUAUAAAGGCCAUAAUAAAGAUUUCUUGAGUGAGGAAACAGUGAAAGAGUUGUGGACUCCGGAGACUAUCGGCAAAAUUAAACCCAAAGAUAUGAAAGACGAAUAUGCCAAAGGAUGGUUUGUGACCCAAAUUGCCGAACCCUAUCCCUAUCGGACCCAAAUAUGGCACGCGGGAGGACUGUUGGGCACCUCAACAAUGCUUAUACUGUUUCCCAACCAGAAUAUAGUGGGCGUUGCCUUCGCUAAUAAGGGCUGGACUGUAGGGUUGGAUCAACUGAUCCUCUCUGUGGCCAAGAAUUUUGAAGAGUUUUUGUAA